GUCGUUCAGCCGUCGCUUCCUGCAAUGCAACAGGACGAUAACAACGGGGCCGCUCAUCUGCAGGUCAGUCACCAUCACCCUCAGGGUAGUCUCCGUCCAUUCAUUGACUGUUUUGCAUCUGUGUUGUCUGUGUGUGAUGCAGUCGACAUGUGGCGAUGAUGCCCCUCGUCGGCUCCGAGAGGAGAAGCAUCGCAUCGACACACUCUACCAUACCAUAGAAACAGAAGAGAGUACAGCCGGUUGGGCCGUCCACUCAAGCAGCGAGUAGAGCACUGAACGUAUGUGGUGAUGCUUCUGUCGUGUCAGUUGACCGUUGAGAGUCCCGCCUUGACGGGCGGCGAUGUGUGUAUGGUGCUGGGCCACAUGACGCGGGGCGGCGACAGCCUGAAGGAGGCGGCCGACUAUCUGAACGGCAUAAGUUCCAUUUCUCACGCACACGGCGGAGUGACAGAGGUACGGGCACACACAGACAAACAGUCCAUGAUGGACCUGGUGCACUCGGAGGGUUUCCUGCUGUGUGGGGAUGCAGCAGGCGGUGUUCACGGAGGUGUUCAAGAAGCUGACCGAGGUGUGUCUGACCAUCAUGGAAUUGGGCGAGGCCGACACCUGCGGCACCAGCGACAUGAUGCACCACAUGCUCGACAUGAGCGACCCUGAGGUGACCCACCCACCGACCCACCCACCCACCCAUUCGCAGACCGACAGACCGCCCCACUGUGAUGCCCUUUCUCUCUGUAUGUGAGGUGCACUCGCUGGCCACUCAGCUGCACACCACGCUGGCCCACACAUUCGGCUACGCCCCCAACACCCCCCCACCCCUCACCAACACCACCACCACUACCACGACGAUGACCCAUCAACAGCAGCAGGGCAGCGCCACCCCGACGUACCAGGAGUACCAUCUGUUCGACCACGACGACACCCCCAACCGCUCGCUCUCACUCGGCAGCCGCACUGUGGGCGGGCCCUUUACUCUGGGCGGCAGUGAGAGAGAGGGUGAGGGCGACCGACAGAAUGGGGAGAGGGCGGGCAGCCAGAGAGACGGGAGUUUCUUGUGAGGGGCGUGUGUUGUGCGCGUGCUGCCAUCUCUCUGUCUGUAUUGUGUGUGUAUGCUCGUGGAGGGAAGAGAGGGAGCACGUGCUUGUGUGUCUAGACAGGUCAAGUAGUAUGCAAUAAAUGUCUCUCACUUUGCAUACAUGUCUGCGCACGCCUGUAGUUGGAUGGUGUAUGCCUCGAAUUCCUCUCUGUGUGCACACGCCUGCGCACGCCUAUCGUUGGAUGGUAGUAAAUGCAUGUCUGCCUGUGUGGAUGGAUCGUGUGCAUGUGCGUGUGUGUGUGGUAUGACGUGACUAAUGCGCAAUUGCGUAGUGCACUGCCUUAGUAUCCAAGAAGAGGCGUGAGUGAGGCCAGACAGAAAGACAGGUGGCGCGUUGUCGUCACGACGUUCGUUCGUACCGGGAAUGAGAUCAGAUAGCCAUGCUGGCUGGAACUGGAUGCCAUGCAUGAGCAUGCAUGAAAGGGAGGGCUCUGCACAACUGCCGUCGUGUGUGCCCAAGACGACGCACAGAGAGAGAGAGAGAGAGGAAGGACUGUAUACUGUUCUCGCUACAACCGAUUAUAUCUGUGUGUGCCUGUUCAUUUUUUUCUUCGCCGGCUCCCUCCACACACUCGAUUGUGCUUGUGGAGGAGAGGAACCGUGACGGGCGCGCUGCGAUGGAACGACAGGCUGUGUGAUUUGGACAGACGUGAACGUCGAACGGAGUUGUGACUAGUCUCAUUGAUGCCUUUGUGUG